AUGUUUCCGACAGUAGCACUGCUCAUCUUCUGCAGUUUCCUGCAAUCUGCCGCUUUUGAAGGAAAUUAUUUGCCCCACUUUUUUCUCCAAAAACAGAAAGAAUCUCUGCAAAGAAUUUUGAGCAAGGAUUCCUGUUCUACCUGGGGUGGAGGGCAUUUUUCAACCUUUGAUAAGUACCAGUAUGACUUCACCGGGACUUGCAACUAUAUCUUUGCAACUGUAUGUGAUGAAAGCACCCCAGACUUCAACAUUCAGUUCCGGCGUGGGCUGGACAAAAAAAUUGCAAGGAUCAUUAUUGAGCUGGGACCUUCUGUUAUCAUUGUUGAGAAAGGCAGCAUUUUUGUCAGGAAUGUUGGUGUCAUUAACUUGCCUUACACCAGCAAUGGAAUUCAAAUAGCACCUUUUGGACGCAACAUCCGUCUGGUGGCCAAGCUGAUGGAGAUGGAGCUAGCUGUCAUGUGGAACAAUGAUGACUAUCUCAUGGUUUUGGCUGAAAAAAAGUAUAUGGGGAAAACCUGUGGAAUGUGUGGAAAUUAUGAUGGUUAUGAAUUGAAUGAAUUUGUGAGUGAAGGUAGAUUGCUGGAUACAUAUAAAUUUGCUGCUUUACAAAAAAUGGAUGAUCCAUCAGAGAUCUGCCUGUCUGAGGAGAUACCAACUUCCAACGUUCCUCACAAAAAAUAUGCCAUGAUCUGCUCUCAGCUUCUUAACUUGGUAUCACCAACCUGCAGUGUGCCAAAGGAUGGGUUUGUCGUUCGUUGCCAGCUUGACAUGCAGGACUGCAGUGAGCCAGGACAAAACAACUGCACUUGCUCUACGCUGUCAGAGUAUUCAAGGCAAUGUGCUAUGUCACAUCAAAUGGUGUUCAACUGGAGAACUGAAAACUUCUGCUCUGUGGGAAAAUGCUCUGCUAACCAAAUCUACGAGGAAUGCGGUUCUCCGUGUAUUAAAACCUGUUCCAACCCAGAGUACAGCUGUUCCAGUCACUGUACCUAUGGUUGCUUUUGUCCAGAAGGAACUGUUCUUGAUGACAUCUCGAAGAAUCGAACAUGUGUUCACAUUAAGCAGUGUCCAUGUACAUUGAAUGGCAAAACCUAUGCUCCUGGGGAGACAAUGAAAGCAGCAUGUAGAACCUGCAAAUGUACGAUGGGUCAGUGGAACUGCAAAGACUUGCUCUGCCCUGGAAGGUGUUCACUGGAAGGAGGUUCUUUCAUUACCACAUUUGAUUCUAGAUCAUACAGGUUCCAUGGCGUUUGCACUUAUGUUCUUAUGAAGAGUUCCAGCCUGCCACACAAUGGAACACUGAUGGCUGUGUAUGAAAAAUCUGGUUAUUCUCAUUCUGAAACAUCACUCAGUGCUAUAAUUUACAUAUCUACGAUGGACAAAAUUGUGAUUUCUCAGAAUGAACUCCUUACUGACGAUGAUGAACUUAAGCGGCUACCUUACAGAUCAGGAAACAUCACUAUUUUCAGACAGUCUUCAAUGUACAUCCAAAUGUAUACAACCUUUGGGCUGGAGGUUGUAGUGCAAACAUCACCUGUGUUCCAGGCCUAUGUGAAAGUUGGAUCACAGUUCAAAGGAAGAACCCUAGGUUUGUGUGGCAAUUACAAUGGAGACACUACAGAUGACUUCAUGACUAGCAUGGAUAUCACUGAAGGGACAGCCUCCCUGUUUGUAGAUUCCUGGAGGGCGGGGAAUUGCCAUCCUGCUUUAGAGAGAGACACUGACCCUUGUGCUUUGAGUCAACUGAACAAAAUAUCUGCUGAGACUCACUGCUCCAUUCUUACCAAGAAGGGCACAGUGUUCGAGAAAUGCCAUGCUGUGGUGAACCCUAUACCUUUCUACAAGAGAUGUGUCUACCAAGCCUGUAAUUACGAAGAGACUUUUCCCUAUAUUUGUUCUGCUCUGGGAUCAUAUGCACGAACAUGCAGUUCAAUGGGUUUAAUUCUUGAGAACUGGAGAAACAGUAUGGACAAUUGUACCAUUACUUGUACAGGCAAUCAAACAUUCAGCUACAACACUGAGGCAUGUGACAGGACAUGCUUGUCACUCUCCAACCGAGCCCUGGAAUGUCAUCCAACUGACAUCCCUAUUGAAGGCUGUCAUUGUCCUGAAGGAAUGUACUUGAACCACAAGAACGAGUGUGUUCGUAAAUCUCAUUGCCCCUGCUAUUUAGAAGAUAGGAAGUACAUCUUGCCUGACCAGUCAAUAAUAACUGGUGGGAUUACCUGCUACUGUGUUAAUGGGAGGCUAAGUUGCACAGGCAAACCUCAAAAUCCUGCAGAAAGCUGCAAAGCUCCUAAGAAGUAUGUGUCAUGUUCUGACAGUUUAGAAAACAAGUAUGGAGCUGCAUGUGCCCCUACCUGUCAAAUGUUGGCUACUGGAAUUGAAUGUAUACCCACUAAAUGUGAAUCAGGCUGUGUCUGUGCUGAUGGGCUCUAUGAAAAUCUCGAUGGCAGGUGUGUUCCAGCUGAGGAGUGUCCAUGUGAAUAUGGUGGUCUUGCUUACGGAAAAGGUGAACAGAUCCAAACAGAAUGUGAGAUCUGCACUUGCACUAAAGGCAAAUGGAAAUGUGUUCAGAAAUCGAAGUGUUCCUCAACAUGUAAUCUGUAUGGAGAAGGCCACAUCACCACUUUUGAUGGACAGCGUUUUGUGUUUGAUGGCAACUGUGAAUACAUAUUAGCUAUGGAUGGCUGCAGUGUUAAUAGACCUUUUUCCUCUUUCAAAAUUGUUACUGAGAAUGUCAUCUGUGGGAAAUCAGGGGUUACAUGCUCCAGAUCCAUCAGCAUUUACCUUGGGAAUUUGACAUUCAUACUGCGAGAUGAAACCUUUGCUAUUUCUGGGAAAAAUCCUGGAGUACAAUAUCAUGUGAAAAAGAAUGCCCUUCACCUGAUGUUUGAUAUCAUUAUCCCGGGAAAAUACAACAUGACCCUCAUCUGGAAUAAGCACAUGAACUUCUUCAUCAAGAUCUCUAGAGAAACACAGGAAACUAUAUGUGGUUUGUGUGGGAACUAUAAUGGCAAUAUGAAAGAUGAUUUUGAAACUCGAAGCAAGUAUGUGGCAUCAAAUGAAUUGGAAUUUGUCAAUUCUUGGAAGGAGAAUCCUCUCUGUGGGGAUGUCUACUUUGUAGUGGACCCCUGUAGCAAGAACCCUUAUCGUAAAGCAUGGGCGGAAAAGACAUGUGCCGUCAUCAACAGUCAAGUCUUUUCUGCUUGUCACAGUAAGGUGAAUCGUAUGCCCUAUUAUGAGGCCUGUGUUCGAGACUCUUGUGGUUGUGACAUUGGAGGGGACUGUGAAUGCAUGUGCGAUGCUAUUGCAGUAUAUGCUAUGGCAUGCUUAGAUAAAGGGAUCUGCAUUGAUUGGAGGACCCCUGAGUUCUGUCCUGUCUAUUGUGAGUAUUACAAUUCUCAUAAAAAUACAGGAAGUGGUGAUGCUUAUUCCUAUGACUACAACAACGACAACUGCACCUGGCAUUACAGGCCUUGUAAUUGUCCAAAUCAAAACUACAAAUAUGUCAACAUUGAAGGCUGUUACAACUGCUCUCAUGAUGAAUACUUUGACCAUGAGAUGGGAGGAUGCAUGCCAUGUGGAUAUGAAAGCACUACUACCACACCAGAAACACCUUCACCUUCAACAGUAACAACUGUGCAGCCUGAAGUAACAAGAAGCUCUACCACAGGUACCCUACCAACAGGACCUAGUAUUUCUUCUUCUGUAGCUACUGAGACUACAAACCCAACAAUGACCUCAAAAAUCACAUUUCCAAGAACUCCACCAGCAUCACCUCUUGUCACAGUAAAGUCAAUAACUGAGAGUGAGGGGACCCAAGCAACCACUCUGCACCACCUCCCAGUAGUUGUCACCCACAGCAGACCAACAAAGCCACAGCAUCUCAUCACGCAGACCACCUCUGCCACAUCUGCCAGCAGCACUUCUCUCCCAAGAGAGGCCAGCCCUGCCAGCAGCCCAGAAGUCCCACUGACAAGGAUAUCUCCAAGCCCCAGCUCUUUACCUGCUACCUCAGCCUCAUCUGUGUCCUCAACAUGGUUGAAACCAUCACAUCCUGCAAGGGAGCCAACCAGAGCUAAGAAUCCAACUAGUAAAGUAGUAACAGCCUUCACACACAAAGAGACCACAGUGACACACAUCACGCCGCCUCUGACCACGCAGAAGACCAGCGCCGCCACCUCCGCCACCAGCACCUCCAAGACCUCUGUCUCCAGAGAGGCCAGCCCCACCACCAGCACAGAAGUCCCUCUCACAACGACAGCUCCAAGCCCCAGCUCUCCGCCUGCCCCCAGCAGCCCGCUCAGCACCCGCCUGACAUCUCCUGCCACUUCCACGCUCUCCUCCACAGCAGCCACAACCUCCAGCCCCAAGCCUACACCUACAACCCUAAGGACCAAGCCUUCUGCCACAAGAACCGCUGCUCCAAAAGAGUUGCCUGCCACAGAGUCUUCUGCACCCUCCACAGCCAAAACCAGCCCCCUGCCUUCGACUGCUUCUUCUCCCUCCUCAACUGUGUCCUCAACAUGGAUGAGCUCCUCACACCCUGCCUUCACACACAAAGAGACAACCGUGCCACACAUCGCGCCGCCUCUGACCACGCAGAAGACCAGUGCCGCCACCUCCACCACUAGCACCUCCAAGACCUCUGUCUCCAGAGAGGCCAGCCCCGCCACCAGCACAGAAGUCCCUCUCACAACGACGGCUCCAAGCCCCAGCUCUCCGCCUGCCCCCAGCAGCCCGCUCAGCACCCGCCUGACAUCUCCCGCCACUUCCACGCUCUCCUCCACAGCGGCCACAACCUCCAGCCCCAAGCCUACACCUACAGCCCUAAGGACCAAGCCUUCUGCCACAAGAACCGCUGCUCCAAAAGAGUUGCCUGCCACAGAGUCUUCUGCACCCUCCACAGCCAAAACCAGCCCCCUGCCUUCGACUGCUUCUUCUCCCUCCUCAACUGUGUCCUCAACAUGGAUGAGCUCCUCACACCCCGCCUUCACACACAAAGAGACAACCGUGCCACACAUAUCACCGCCUCUGACCACGCAGAAGACCAGCGCCGCCACCUCCGCCACCAGCACCUCCAAGACCUCUGUCUCCAGAGAGGCCAGCCCAGCCACCAGCACAGAAGUCCCUCUCACAACGACGGCUCCAAGCCCCAGCUCUACGCCUGCCCCCAGCAGUCCACUCAGCACCCGCCUGACAUCUCCCACCACUUCCACGCUCUCCUCCACAGCAGCCACAACCUCCAGCCCCAAGCCUACACCUACAACCCUAAGGACCAAGCCUUCUGCCACGAGAACCGCUGCUCCAAAAGAGUUGCCUGCCACAGAGUCUUCUGCACCCUCCACAGCCAAAACCAGCCCCCUGCCUUCGACUGCUUCUUCUCCCUCCUCAACUGUGUCCUCAACAUGGAUGAGCUCCUCGCACCCCGCCUUCACACACAAAGAGACAACUGUGCCACACAUCGCACCACCUCUGACCACGCAGAAGACCAGCGCCGCCACCUCCGCCACCAGCACCUCCAAGACCUCUGUCUCCAGAGAGGCCAGCCCCGCCACCAGCACAGAAGUUCCUCUCACAACGACGGCUCCAAGCCCCAGCUCUCCGCCUGCCCCCAGCAGCCCGCUCAGCACCCGCCUGACAUCUCCCGCCACUUCCACGCUCUCCUCCACAGCGGCCACAACCUCCAGCCCCAAGCCUACACCUACAACCCUAAGGACCAAGCCUUCUGCCACGAGAACUGCUGCUCCAAAAGAGUUGCCUACCACAGAGUCUUCCGCACCCUCCACAGCCAAAACCAGCCCCCUGCCUUCAACUGCUUCUUCUCCCUCCUCAACUGUGUCCUCAACAGGGAUGAGCUCCUCACACCCCGCCUUCACACACAAAGAGACAACCGUGCCACACAUUGCGCCGCCUCUGACCACGCAAAAGACCAGUGCCGCUACCUCCGCCACCAGCACCUCCAAGACCUCUGUCUCCAGAGAGGCCAGCCCAGCCACCAGCACAGAAGUCCCUCUCACAACGACGGCUCCAAGCCCCAGCUCUCCGCCUGCCCCCAGCAGCCCGCUCAGCACCCGCCUGACAUCUCCCGCCACUUCCACGCUCUCCUCCACAGCGGCCACAACCUCCAGCCCCAAGCCUACACCUACAGCCCUAAGGACCAAGCCUUCUGCCACGAGAACCGCUGCUCCAAAAGAGUUGCCUGUCACAGAGUCUUCUGCACCCUCCACAGCCAAAACCAGCCCCCUGCCUUCGACUGCUUCUUCUCCCUCCUCAACUGUGUCCUCAACAUGGACGAGCUCCUCACACCCCGCCUUCACACACAAAGAGACAACCGUGCCACACAUCGCGCCGCCUCUGACCACGCAGAAGACCAGCGCCGCCACCUCCGCCACCAGCACCUCCAAGACCUCUGUCUCCAGAGAGGCCAGCCCCGCCACCAGCACAGAAGUCCCUCUCACAACGACGGCUCCAAGCCCCAGCUCUCCGCCUGCCCCCAGCAGCCCGCUCAGCACCCGCCUGACAUCUCCCGCCACUUCCACACUCUCCUCCACAGCGGCCACAACCUCCAGCCACAAGCCUUUGUCUAUAUCCCUCACUACUUCACCUUUUAGGUCUGCUGAGAGUACUACAUAUUUCUCUUUACAAAAUACAACAUUUACUCCACAUGGAAAAACAUCUUCAUCAGUAGUUCCUACCAGUAUCUCCAAGUCCACUCCAGUUUUUAUCCCCACUGUUUUAUCUACAACCAUUACUUUUGCUCCAAGUGCUAUCACUAGUGCUUCUACAGAGUCAGUGGAAAGAACUUCUUUGCAAACAACAACAUUAACCACUACUCGCACUACAUCAUCUCCUUUGACCUCUAGACUUUCAACAUCCUUGUCUUCCAUUGUACCAUUAACUGUGCCACAAGAGCGUUGCAGAGAGCUCAAGUAUGAAGAAAACAUAACUUACAAAGGCUGUUCUACAAAUGUCACUUUAAGCCAAUGUGAAGGAUCAUGUCCAUCUUCAACAAAGUUGAAUGUCGAGAAGAUGGUGGUCACAACAGCAUGCGGCUGCUGUAGGCCACUUCAGCUUCUUAAGAAGGAAAUCCAACUACCAUGCCAAGACCCAGAUAACCCUGGAAAAAGGCUCAUGACAGAAAUAAUUGUAUUUAGUGGCUGUGUUUGUAACUUUGACAGUUGCAUACACUAG